CCCAGGCCGACUCUACUCUUUCGCCCAACCUUCCUUCUGCAAACUCUUGUUCGAGAUGGGUGAUUAUAGCAGCCCGCCUGCUGGCUAUGUCCUUCGGAGAAAUGGCACCUGUACUGAGACCGAGCAGACUUGCGACCAUCCCUGGGCUUCUUGGUAUAACUGCUGCCCCGAGGGCUCUUAUUGCUCGGAUGACAGGAUGAUCUGUUGCCAGACCAAGUCCGGGUGCGCAGCGCUCGUCAAGGAGGACCCUCACUGCGCAAACAAUGCGACCUGGGACCUAUACUACAACGGCGGUUCUUACUUUUGUUGCCUGCACGGGAAGCAGGGCUUUGUGGAAACAUUCCCCGGGAAUGGCGGAGCAGGCAUUGGGUGUGCAGACGGGGAACUGGAUAAUGCCUCCCAAAGCUUGCUGCAGGUUAUUGCAACAGGCACUGGAUCCGCAUCACCGUCGCCGUCCGUGUCCGCGACACCAACCCAGACAAGCACAGACUCGCCGUUACCAUCAAUAUCCGAGCCGGACUCCUCCUCUUCCGGCAACGCUGGGACUAUCGCUGGGAGUGUUGUUGGGGGCUGCGCGGGACUUGCGCUCAUAAUGGCACUGCUUUGGUUUCUAAUACGGCGUCGGCGGAAACAGGUCGUGGCAACCUCCAAUCUAAACACGCCAGCUGAGGAUUAUAAAGGUCUAUAUAGAGCAGAGCUUGCUAAUAACCCAGUCAGAUCAGAGCUAUCUGGCAGUACUAAUAAUAUGGCCCAUGAGCUACCUGUAAAUACAAGCUAA